AUGCUACUAUUAUUCGACUUCAGCAAGACAUUCGAUUCCGUUUGUCAUGUGUUGCUGCUGCGGAAGCUGUUAGGCUAUGGCUUCUCAGCUUCUUCAGUGCGGUGGCUUGCAUCAUAUCUGGCUGGUCGUUCGCAGGUUACACUAGGCGGGGCGAGUGGCUGUUCAUCUUUCUGUCAUCUGAACAGGGGAGUUCCGCAGGGAUCUGUUCUAGAUCUUCUGCUAUUCUUCCUGUUCAUUAAUGAUGUCGGUGUAAACUUAGGGCCUGGAGUUCGGCAUCUGAUAUAUGCUGAUAAUCUCCAGAUUUACCUGACCUUUCCACGUGAGGAAUUAGAGGAUGCCACUCGUCGCAUGAGCAACGCUGCUAACCGUGUGAUAGACUGGGCUAAUGCAAAUCGGUUGAAGCUGAAAGUAGCGACGACGAAAGCCAUCAUUUUUGGCUCUAAUGUCUUCGUUAACGAUGUCUAUUCCUUGCCUGAUUUGUCUGUCAAUGUUGGUGGCUCUGCAGUUCCAUUUGAUACUUCCGUACGCAGCCUGGGAGUGGUUCUGGAUAACAAGCACUCUUGGAAGGGACAUGUGGCGUAUGUGACGCAGAGGGUUCACUCUGUAAUGUACCACCUUCGGUUCCUUAGAGCCAGUACCACUCUGGGUCUGCGUAAACACCUCAUUCAGGCUUUGGUGUUCCCCCUGAUCGACUACUGCUAUCUCGUGUAUGAUGGUCUGUCUGGUGUGCUUGUUACUAUGAUUCAGCGUCUCAUCAAUAUGACGGUCAGAUACAUCUGUGGGGCAAGGAGAGACGAUGACAUUACUUCCUAUCGUCUGCGGCUUGGCUGGACGACGUGUGAGGUGCGCAGGAAGUACUUCAUCGCGUGCCUCACUUACAAGAUCCUCCGCUUUGGUCAGCCGUGCGAUACAGAGGUGAUCCCACCAGUCACAUUCGAUCAGCUGCUGGAAGCUUGUGGCAGAUUCGGGAAUGCCAAGGCACCAGGAAUGGAUGGAAUCCUGAACUUCGCCCUGAAGGUUGCAAUCAACGCAGCGCCAGGAGUCUCCCUGAGUGUCUGUAAUGCGUGUCUGCAGGAGAGGGUUUUCCCAACCACGUGGACACAGCUGGACAUAGCUGGCAAAAUUCUGGAGCGCAUACUUCACCAGAGGAUCGAGGAAGUGGUCGAACCAUAA